ACACCUUAAUAGGGGCGCGUCUCCGACACAGCCGCCGACCAAUAACCCGUCUGUCUGGGCAGAGACCAAGGGGAUGAGCGCUCGCCGAGGCCCAAUCAGCGCUUUUGUGUUGCCUGCCGGUGCCGGGGACUGGUCGUGAAGAGCUACAGCAGCGCUUCAGGAUCGGAGAGCGAACCCGGAGCCAGAGGAACCUGAAGGGUAAAGGCGAGUCAGGAUGGAGCGGAUGUCUGAGGAGGCGUUGAGGCUGAACCUGCUGAAGCGGGGUCUGGAGGCGCAGGAUGAGCGGGACGAGGCACUGGCCAAGCGCCUGAAGAUGGAGGGUCACGAGGCAAUGGAGAGGCUUAAGAUGCUUGCCCUCCUCAAACGCAAGGAUCUGGCCGCUUUGGAGGGGGCGGCGGUAGCGGCAGCAAUGGCGGAGGGCAAAGGCCCCGGGGGCAGCCAGGGGCUGAUGGGAGCUGUGGCCUACGAGGAGAAGAUGAAUGGAAGUUUGAGAGUCGGGGGCCAUGGAGGUCCAAGUAAGAAUGGGAAGGAGAACAUAGUGGAUGAGCCAGUGGACAUGAGUGCCAGAAGGAGCGAUAUAGUUCGAGAGCGACGCACUCCAUCACCAGACGUUAUCAUUUUGUCAGACAACGAGGCGUCCAGCCCCCGGAGCACGCCUCACCCUGAGGAGAAACAGCAUCAGGCCAACCUGGAGAUGUUUAAGGGGAAGACUGGCGACGAGCGGCAGCAGAUGAUCAAAGCUCUCCGAGAAGAGCUCAGGCUGGAGGAGGCCAAGCUGGUGCUCCUGAAGAAACUCAGACAGAGUCAGAUGCAGAAGGAGAAUGUGGUGCAAAAGGUGCCGGUGGUCCAGAAUGCCCCGUCAUCAGUGCAGCCGUCACCCAUGCACAGCUCUCAGGGGCUUGGGAAACUACCCGUGCGGCCUGGCAUGCACUCAUCUGAGCCUCAGAGCCUGCGCACUGCACAGGGCCACACAGUAAUCAGGUCUGCUGCCAAUGCAUCUUUGCCCCCAAUGAUGAUGUCACAGCGGGUCAUUGCACCCAAUCCUGCCCAGUUUCAGGGUCAGAGAGUGCCCUCCAAGCCUGGCAUGGGCCGCUCCUCCACAGGUGGUCUGGGUAACGCAGUGAGCUAUCAGCAGGCUGCCAGCCAGCAGGUGGGGGUCUCGCAGCGUUCGGGCUCAUCCUCGGCUAUCUACAUGAACCUGGCGCACAUGCCGGCAGCAGGAGCAGCUGGUGUGGCUGGCGUCGGGGUAGGUGUGAGUGGGGUUGGUGCCGUCAGCCCCUCCACCCUUUCCAGCGCCUCCAGUGUGGCUUCUCUGAACGACCAGGCCAGCAGCCAAGCAGCCGCUAAACUGGCCCUCCGCAAGCAGCUGGAGAAGACCCUGCUGGAGAUACCUCCACCUAAACCUCCAGCACCCCUGCUGCACUUCCUGCCCUCCGCUGCCAACUCUGAGUUCAUCUACAUGGUGGGGUUGGAGGAGGUCGUGCAGAGUGUCAUUGACAGUCAGGGAAAAAUGCGAGGGUCACUGCCACACGUGGAGCCGUUCUUCUGUGCCCAGUGCAGGACUGACUUUACGCCACACUGGAAGCAGGAGAAAAGCGGUCGCAUUCUCUGUGAGCAGUGCAUGACGUCCAAUCAGAAGAAGGCCUUGAAGGCCGAGCACACCAAUAGGCUCAAGAACGCUUUCGUUAAGGCUCUGCAGCAAGAACAGGAAAUAGAGCAGAGGUUGCAGCAGCAGGCUGCUCUGUCCCCCAGCUCUGCCCAGACUGUGCCCAGCGUGAGCAAAGGGGAGUCCAUGAUCCGACACCAUGCCCUCCGACAGACUCCCCAGCCACAGGCCGCUCUGCAGCGGGGCCUGUCCAGCUCGGCACGAGGUGUCCUCUCCAACUUCGCCCAGGCCUCCCAGCUCUCAGUGGCCAGUGGGCUGCUGGACAUGACAAGCAAGCGCUGUGGCAGCAGCAGUUCCAGCAGCAGCAGUCGGGCUCAGCAUGACAGCCGCAGGCAGAUCUACAACAUCCCUGGUCUGAAUAUUGCCUAUCUAAAUCCGGGAGCCAUCGGGGGCCACAAGGCAUCCAGCCUAGCGGACCGUCAGCGGGAGUAUCUGCUCGACAUGAUUCCCCCACGCUCCAUAUCCCAGUCCAUCACCGGGCAGAAAUGAGCCCUGACGGGACUGCAGAUCCCCCUUUCGGACGCCCCGCCACCCCUCUGUUCUACAUCAGAACAUCCCCCACCCACCCAACCACCCCCAACACAUACACACGCACACCAUCACCCCAUCGCAUGCAGUGCCUGUCCGUGUGCCUACCCAACUAACCCAUAAGAACAGCUCAAUCAGUCAGACUAUAAACACCAGACUGUCAGUGCAUCUCAAACUUCGGUUUCCUACUAUAGCAAAGCUCUUUAUUGUUAUCUCAACUUAUUAUUGCUGUUGUUAUUGCUACUUCUAUUAUUAUCACAGUUAUUAUUAUUAGUAUUAUUGUUGCUUCUGUUACAGUUACUUAUAUUACACUUAUUAGUAGGUUUAGUGGUUUUUUGCAUCUUUUUAUGUUCUUACCCUUUCGUUUUUCUUUUCAGAGGGGGGAUGCCAGAUUGCAGGGUCACUUAAAAAUAUAAAAGCUCGUUUUUUUGGGUGUUCAUUCGAAAGCUCCCUCCCUCAGUCGCCCCUGUAAAAUUAGAGUCAUUCUCUCUCAUGUCGUAUAUGUUCAGUUUUGAAGUUGGAAUGGUUAAAGCGUUCUUACCUGAGAGAGAGAGAGAGAAAGAGAAAGAGAGAGUAGAAUCUUUUGUAGCUUUGGAAACAAAGUCCUCCGAGAACCUUCUGGUUCAAAAAGAGCGAGACAGACUCAUGUACAUUGGUCAGAUUGAUCCUUAUGCAGAGCGCUGCUGAUCUAGUCACCGUUGGUUCUGCCUUGAGAAGGCCACAGGGAAAAAGGGACCUGCACUAGCACGGAUGAGUCUCCUGCUGUCGAAUGUACAGAGAGAACUGUAAAAUUGGAGUGCAUGCGCCCACGAACAGGAUCUCUCCCGUGUCUCUCAAUGCCUUCAUCACUUUCACAGGAUGCAGUGACGUCAUGUAACUUCGUUUGUGGUGACGGUGCUUUUCACUGCACAGCAAAGAAUGAAGCCAGAGAGUCCCAUCAUCAUGUACUUUGUCUCUUUUUGUUUUUUGCUUGGGUGUUUCCACCCAACCCAAUCUUUUUUUUUUCUUUUUUAAACCCCCAACCCCCUCCCUGUCUUUAACGGUUUAGUUUUUUUUUUUUAUAUUUUAAUCGGGCGGCGUCUCCAUCUGAAAUGGCCACGUAUCUUAAAGGUACCUGCCAAUGGAGACGAUAAUCAUUUGAAAUGGCAAAUAGGUGGAGUUAUUGGGAAAAAAAAAAAAAAAAAAACGGUUUAUGCGUAGAUUGUUAACGUGAGUUUUAACAGAAGGCAUUGACAAGGAUCAAUCAUCGUGUUAAAGCAAUGCACAUGAGAUGCCUCGUUAUGGAGGAGCACUUUUCUUCUUAAUAAUUGAAAAAAAAAAACAAAACAAAAAAAAAUGGUUAAGCAAAAGAGGAUAAGAAUGUUUCAGCUCACAGGAUCUUAAGGUAUGGAUGCCAUCGGAUGUCUCGGAGAGAGCUGGGAGAAAGACUUUUUUUGUGCGGUGCGUUUCAUCUUUUCGAAAGAGUCCGGUUUUUUCAAACCCACAUUAUGGUACAUGUGUUUAUGUUUCAGUAGACAUAACCUGGAGGCGUUUGAAUGAUGGUAACAAUAUAAGCAGUGUUUAGUCAAUAUGCAGUAUUAGGGAUUCUGUGCAGGAUGGUUUUUGCAUUCGAUUUAUCGUUUGGUCAGAUUUAGUUCUCUCUUAGUGAGGUAGCGCUCCAUGUUUCUGUAACGUGGAUCGCAAAUGGCUUUCAAAGGGUUUGACAUCUGCUUGUUGACGAGAAGUUCAGCACUUAACAUUUCCCCCUCCCCCCCCAGCCGAAGCAUUUAUCAUGGCACGUUUGGUUCUUUUGGAAAUCAGACCUUGAGGUCUGUCAUGCAGGUCAUGUUUAAUAUCUGAGAAAUGCGAAAAGCUAUUAUGUGUUUGAUGGUGAAUUCAUGGAAAUAAAUCCAUACACAUGAGUUUUUCUGUCAUGUGUAUAGUCACUGAUCUUUGCAGUUAAAAUUUUUUUUUUUUUGUUUGUUUUUUUUAAGUGUCCUGUGUAACGCCACUGAUUUGUGGUGGAACGAUGCAACUUUUGAACAAAAAAAAUUUUGAAGCUACCUUGGAUUAAAUUUUCAGGUGCAAUAUUAGAUAAUAGGAUGUUUACAUUUUAUUUUUUUUUUUCCUCCUAAAAAAUCAGUCCCUUUUAAGUCAUUCUGUUCAAUCUUUGAUAUUAAGGGGUUGAUUUUUUUUAUCUUUGCUCCAAUUUUAUGAUCUGUAAUGUUAUUUUUGUUGUUCUUUUGAAUUGAACGUAGGGUGUUUAUAGUAACUCAUUUCUCUCUCCUGCUCUCUCUUGUAGACUAUAUUAGAUGCAUCCAUAUACCUGUGUUCAUAUAUUUACGAGAAAGUUGGAUUUUGAAGUUUAACUUCCGUUUGACUCCUCAAUUAAGUUCCAUUUUUGUUUGGUUGUUUAAUUUCAGCUGUUUCUUAAAAAAAAAGAAAAAAGAAAAAAGGAGAAAAAAAUCAAAUUUAAUCAAACAAAAAAAAAAAAUGUAUGAACAGAUGAUGACACGAUAUUUGCUAGGUCAGAAGUAAUAAUGACUUAUUGUACAUAUGCUUUUUUUCUCCCUUGAAUUAAAAAUAAUGAAAUGAAAUUAAAAUGGUUGUAUAUUGUGUAGAAAAGCAAACAAAAAGCCAUGAAUAUUGUGAAGCUUGUCAUUUCGUUUUGUGAUCACUGUGUAUUAUUGUGUAACAAAUGUGCAAAAUGUAUGGGAUUAUACUUCUCUUGUUUUUGAAUGAGCUCUUUAGAUGCAUUUUCUCCCCGGCUGUACGUUUUUGUAGUAUGUAGUAUUUGCAGAAGAAAAAAAAAGUUCAUUGUUCUGGUGGAGCGUUUGAUCCAUUCUGUAGUCUUUGGACUGAGACAUGAUGGGACAGUCUCGUAUGUUACUUUUUCUUUUUUUUUUUCGUUACCUCUUUGAUUUGCUUUUUAUUUGAAACAUUGAAGUUAUGUAGAUGUUCGGUGAAUAAGUUUCUUUCUCUAAUGUCCCACACAAAGUGUUGAUCUUACAGAACAUGGACUGGAUGAAACAUUUGACAGUAUUACCCCUCACUCGACCAAAUCCAAAGCGUUUAUUAUAAAUGUAAAAUCAAAGCACGCUAUCGCUCAAUAACUUUACUUUUAGCUAAAUUACUGGGUGCAGAAAACCCUACAGGGGAGAUUGUGUACAUCUUGUUUUCUGUUGCUUAAAGUACAACCUUUCCUCAGUAUAUCCCUCUUUACUUUCUUGGAAAAAAAAUCACAAUGCUCUUAUUUUAUUUUAUUUUUUUUUUCAUGGAAGAUUGUAUACAUUGUAUACAAUGAAGAAAAAAACUUUUUUUGUUUGUUUUUGACUGUUCCAAUGCUUAUUGCCUUCAGCCUUUAAAUCAUAAGACAAAAAUGGACAAUUUGCACACAUGCAAGUUUUGAUUCUAAGGUUUGUGACAUUAUUAGAUAUACUUUUACAAGUUUCAUGUCAUGGAAUCACUGUCCAUAAUUCUCUGACUGGACAAUCAGCUUUUCUGGAGUUCUAGCGCUGGGGUUUACUUCUCUCUUCAGUGUUUUUUUUUUUUUUUCCUCUCCCUGAUUUUCAUUUGUUGCAAGUGCAAGUCUUUUUGUUUUGUUGUUGUUGUUACUGAAGUGGGAGAGAGGGUUUUGGGUCAUCAUUUCUUUUUGAUUUUCUAAAUUUCAUCUGAACUUUCAAAUAUUUUUAAAUAGACUUAGCAGCAAUUUACCCAGUUUGAAUUUUAAAGCAAAUGGCAAUAUGUUGAAAUCCGUUUGUAAAAGAAAACUAUGAAUAAUUAAAAAUGUGUACAGUAAAAAAAAAAAAGAAAAAAAAAAAAAGAAAUGAAGUACUGGAGAUUGGCUUAAACAAUAGUCAAGGAAAAGAAGUGCUUUUUGUCAAGUUUUUAUUUUCGUUUAGAACAUUAAUCCAGACCUUUUGCACAUCCUUGAUAUUUAACUGUCUAAAAUGGAGAUGAAAAAAAAAAUGCUGUUUGAUUACUGCCGGUUGAUUAACAACAAUUAUGCAUUGACUGAAAAAAAAAUAAGCUAAUUUUGGAGGAAAUAACUUUGUAAUAUUUAUCACUUGCAAGCUAUGUUUAAUAAAGGAUGGAACAGUU